CAAAAUUUUUAAGACAUUUGAAAAAAUUUGAAGUUUAAAAUUUUCAAAAAUUGAGUUUUGUGCGCUUUUUGUACAAUUUCCUUUUAUUUUCUCCCCAAAAAAUGUUUCCAAUCCGAUUACAUCCACAAACGGUCUCUUCCGUACCUUGUGUCUGACGGAUUCUGUCUGUGAGGGACUUGUUGUAUGACAGACCCAGUCACUGCGGACUCAUUCUCUGCAGGAUUCGGUCUCUGUAUGUCCCAGCCUCUGCUGGGCAAUCUCUGCAAAUAACACCUAUGUAGUCAGUAAUAUAUAGUUGUAGAGGGGUCUAUAUAGCUGGUAUUAUCAACAGUAAUAUAGGCAGGGGUAGCAGGUCCUAUAUAACCAUUAAUAUAGCAAGGGAUGUGUGGAUAUAUAUAGCCAGUAAUAAAGUUGUCCAUUUACCUAGAAACAAUUGCAGAAGUGGAUGUUCUAUAUAGAAAUUAAUACAUACAAGAAUUGAGAUGUCUGUAUGUUGAGUAAUUUAGGCUGAAGUAGUCUUUAGACGGUAAUGCCAACAUUGUUAGAGGGUCUGUAUAGCAAAUAAUAUAUGAGGCAUAGAGAGAUGGAAAAGAAUCUUACAUAUUUUUUUAAGAUCAUAAUUGCGUUGUUUUUGUGUUAUUUAUGGUUUACUUUAUUACCUUUAACCAGUCUUCAACAUUUAUUGGUACCUGUGUUCCACUCAGUUCCAAUCUCUCCUUUCUUUUAGACUUUGUUAUGGUGUAGUAUAGAUCAUAUUUAAAGAAAGCAAUGGUGUUUUUUUCGUCCCCCGCCCCCCAUUACUUGCUUAAAUUGCCAUGCACUAUAGUUGUUGAAGAAAACUUUCUAUCCACACACACACACACAAACAAACAGACGAUUAAACUUAAUGAAGAAAAUUAUUUCAGACCCACAGUUAGGUGUAAUGGUGCGCCAUGGACUAAAGGUAUACAGCUGUGUCCGUGAAAAAUGGCUGCUGUUUUGCUGCCGGUCAGCAGAAGAGAAGCGACGGUGGCUAGAUGCCAUGGCAGAGGAACGUCAACUUGUAGCCAAAGAUCGUCAAGAUGGUCUCGAAUUCCCUCCAGCAGCUCGCCAACUUGCAAGAAUGGCUGCUCGUUGCCAGAGGAGACCACCUAGCAAACCCAGAAAUAAGAACUAUAAGGGGGACUCUAGAUACAGCAUCAAUCCAUCAGAAGCAAGUUCCAGUCAUCACAGCCUUAGUGGGACACAAUCAGCACACGGGUCAACUCACUCAUUGGGACGCAAGGUUGGCACCUGGUUUACGUUUGGCAGCAGUAAAAAAGGACGAGCGUUAGUACAGACCUCUCCACGCCGCCAGCACACAUGAAGUAAGGGUACAUCUAAGACAAUUCUGCUGGCAGCAACAAAGAGAACAAACAGACAUAAGUUAAUAUUUUCAAUGAUUUAUAAAAUAAAAAUUGCAAAAUAUGAAAACUGUUCAAGCUCAAGUUGCCCCUUCUAGAGAUAAGCCAUUUACCUGACCUAUGAUUGC